AUGAAAGCAGACGCGAGUAGGAUAAUUUGUAUCAGAAUAAUUGACGGAUCUCAUUUAUCAGAACAAACCGAAGUAAGCAUCCACGACUGCGUCUGUGAGCUGGAGCUGGCCAUGUUGGAUAGGAGCGAGUGGGGCAAAUCGCCAGGAUGCGAUGCAUUCUAUGAAAAAUUAUAUGUCGCAAUACGGCGAAUGAUGGAUCGAGCUUCCUGGAGCGAAUUUGAAAAGCACUGGCUUAGCACCGAUCCGAAACCGUGGUUAAUAAUUAAAAAGUAA